AAAAAGAAGGACAGGAAGAUCGAAAAAUUCUAUAUUAUUAUCCGUCUGAUACUAAUCUUAAUCGUCAAAUACGUACAAUUGGUUAUUGUGAAGGUUUAGUUAAAUUUACUGAAACAUUUGGUUUUGAUGAUCCAUGUGACAGUGUACAUUUUCAAAAAACUCGUCUUUUAUUUCAUAAAGUUGAAAAUGAUAUUUGUAUAGCCAUGACACUUCAUGUUCCUGUCGUUGAACGAAAGAAAGAUGAUAAAUUUAUUACUGAAUAUUAUGAUGAAAAUAUUAAUGAUCGUAUUAUGUUACCAAUUUUAAAAGUAUCAUAUCGAUAUUUUGUAUUACAACAUGGUACUAUGUCGACAGUAAUUCAACAAGGUGGUAUAGAAGAAUUAAGAAAUGUACUUAAACAACAUUUUGAUACGGUAAUAUAUUUUGAAUUCGAAACAAACAAAUGUGUUUGAUUAGACGAGAAAUAAAAUAUCCAAAGAAUCAUAAAAUUGAAUCUUAGAAAUGUCAGAGACUAAAAAUUCUGCAGACAAUGAGAGAGAAUCUGUCGAUUGGAAGACAGCUGAGAAAAAGUUAUUUUCACAGAUAUGACUAAAGACGUGCAGAAUUAACUUAAGUUCCCAGUCACCGAGAGAUCAAAGUUUCAUGAUUUGCCAUGACUACGAUAAAAAAAGUUGUUCUAACCGGAACUAAAGACUUUAGUUUUAAGUAAAUUAUCUUAAAUUCAAGAGAGAGAUAAGUCAAAAAGUGCUAUCUAUCAGCUCAAUAAAUCAAAAAAAUUAAUGUUGAAAAUAGACCGAAAUCUAGAGAUCGUCGAGUCCAAAAUUUUUGUAUCCAGGCACGAUGAGAGUCCAGAACUAGUCCGACGAACUCUAGUGAAACCGACGUCAGAAAAAACUUGGUCCCACACAUCUCUAGACAUGGUGGAAACAGUAGGAGUCUAGCUUUAGUCUAAUACGCGUGAAACUCUCUAACUCAAUAAUCUUCACUUAUCAUCAUUUUCUGACAAAUAUAUCACAUGUCUUUUAUUGUACCUAUAUUCUUACAUCCCUACAAAUUGUAUUAUUAGAUAGCAAAAAAUAUGUAGUGCAGUUAUAUCUGUUGACGUUGAAUGAGAGUACAUUAAAAAAAUUUGAUAUUUUUGUUAGAAAAUAAUGGCAAGUCAAGUAGGCUUAUAGAGAAUUCUAAGUGUUGCCGUAAUAUAUGAUCAUUCAAUUCGAAAGCUUAGUGUUAUGCAGACGAUAUCAUCACAUAAUCAUAUUUUUUUUAUUUGUUUUGAAACCUAUAUUUAAUAAAAGAGUAGGUUUUCUCUAGAAGUCUUUUCAAUUUUAUUUUACUGUUCAGUCUAAUCAUUACUUCGAAAUAAUUUUACACGUUGUGCUUAUCAGUUAUUCCAGACUCUAAUAACACCCUUCAACAUUCAGUAAAAUGAAUUAAAAAAAACAAAAAUAUCAAAAUGUAGUUUUAAGGAGGAAUAAUGAUUUUGUGAAGUACGAUGUAAAAGGAGUGUUGAAGUAUAUAGGAUAAAAAUUCAUCCUCCAUCCAUUUCUCCACAGUGGACAACAAGAAUGCAUCAUGCUUUCUUAACUAAGGAUUUUUUGAAAAGACAUGUUCAGUGUAAUGUCGAUGUACACACUUUGGCACAGUUUCAAAUUUUUUCUCUGUCUGACACAUCUAAUCAGUUAGCAUAAAUGCUUCUGGACUGUGAUACAGAUUUUCCACAUUCUCUUAAGAGAAAAAAUAAGGACAUAUUUGAAAUCAGCAUGAAAAAUUGUUGCUCACUAUGCCUAAUCUUUCUGUGAUUAGCAAUAGCAUCUAAAUAGUAUUUUACUGUUUAUUUUGAAUUAAAAUAGAUUUAUUGUUAUAAUCUAA